CAGAAUGGUCCGAGGGGUGUUUGGGGUGUUUUUGGACAUAACCCUGCUCUUUCUGAUGGCAUGCUCUGCAAGCGGCUUGUUGCUGAUGGAUCAGCGUAGAGAUGCAGAGGACGACCAAGGGCUCAACAAAGCUAUUCUGGAAAUGCUGCAUAUCAAUAAAGUGUCAGCAAGUCAUCAGGCCAAAGCGCAUCCUUACAUGAGGAGGAUUUAUCAGCAUCUGGACUCACUGGAGGCUCAAGACUUUGGAAGAUCAGAUGGGAUGCUGGUGCAAAGCUUUCGAAGUGUUGAUGCUCCACGUCCCGCCCCACAAGGAUGGAUCUGGUUUAACAUCAGCAGCCUGAACCCGUCUAUGCUGGGCGCAGAGCUGGUUCUGUUCAGGAAAACCCUCCACCCCCUUCCCCUCAGCGUGACCGUCACCCUGCACAGCGUCAUCGCGUCGCAGGAAAGUCUGAAAGAAAGUCCGGCCCUGGAGGAGAGACAGCUGACUCUGGAUCAGCGACCCUCGUCUGGGUACGACGUGUUCGACGUGUCCGGCGUUCUGGCUGCGAAGCCUCUGGAGGUGCUGGGCUUCCAGCUGCGCUAUACAGACGAGAGUGGGAGUCUGGUCCUGCACGAGGCUCUGACACAGAGUCUGUACUGCCUUGACAGGAGCUCUCUAAGUGACCCUCUACUGGUGUUUUACCAGGCUAAUCCUCUCCAGCUUUAA